AUUUUCUCCGUUUCCUGCUCACAAAGGAAAGUGGGAACGUGAUUGUGAGUUCUGGACGGUUGAGAUUUUCCGAUCCUCUGAAUAUGUGUCUGGGCACAGAUUCAUUUCACUGUGCUCGGUACUAUGUAUAAAAUCUCUCUAUGUGAGUGAGUGUGAGACAGAGACAUGAAUCGAAGCGAGUGAGUUUGUUGAAGAAGAUGUACGGGUCGGUGGGUCUUUUCUCGACGCCUCUUCUUGGCUCUUCUUCGACACCUUCGUCAAGAAACCACUACAAAACAGUAUCAGGAAACAAAUAUUGCCUUGCUAAACAGCAACCAAUUCGAGUAAGCAAUGGUCCUAGGUUGCAAAAACUCCUUGGCCAUUGCACAUUCCAUUGCCCAUCAAGGAACUCAACAUAUGGGAAGGUGAACGGUUCUGCAAUCUCAGCUCUCAUUACAGAUGACAAUUCAGCCAUGGCAACCAUGGGAGAAGACACUGAACAUAUUGGUAUCUUGGACACAGAUCCAGGACUGGAACCAUUUAAAGAUCACUUCAGAUAUAGAAUGAGGAGAUAUGUAGAGCAGAAAGAGCUUAUUGAAAAAUAUGAAGGAAGUCUUGAGGAAUUCGCACAAGGUUAUUUGAAAUUUGGAUUUAACAGAGAAGAAGGUGGCAUUGUGUACCGUGAGUGGGCCCCUGCUGCACAGGAAGCUCAAGUUAUAGGGGACUUCAAUGGAUGGGAUGGUUCCAACCACAGAAUGGAAAGGAAUCAGUUCGGUGUUUGGAGCAUCAAGAUUCCCGACUCUGGGGGAAAUCCAGCCAUACCUCAUAACUCACGAGUAAAGUUCCGAUUCAAGCUUGGUGAUGGAGUUUGGGUUGAUCGAAUCCCUGCUUGGAUUAGAUAUGCCACUGUGGACCCCACAGCAUUUGCAGCACCAUAUGAUGGUGUGUAUUGGGACCCACCGCCUUCAGAAAGAUAUCAGUUUAAGUACCCUUGUCCUUCAAAACCCAAUGCCCCACGAAUAUAUGAGGCUCAUGUUGGAAUGAGUAGCUCAGAACCCCGUGUGAAUUCAUAUAGAGAGUUUGCUGAUGAUAUCUUACCUCGUAUUCGGGCAAAUAACUAUAACACAGUUCAAUUGAUGGCUGUGAUGGAGCACUCCUAUUAUGCGUCAUUUGGGUAUCAUGUUACUAACUUUUUUGCUGUCAGCAGUAGAUCUGGAACUCCUGAGGACCUCAAAUAUUUGAUUGAUAAAGCCCAUAGCUUAGGUUUAAGAGUCUUGAUGGAUGUUGUUCACAGCCAUGCGAGUAACAAUGUCACUGAUGGCCUCAAUGGCUUUGAUGUUGGCCAAUGCUCACAGGAUUCCUACUUCCAUACUGGAGAUCGAGGCUACCAUAAGUUAUGGGAUAGCAGACUCUUUAACUAUGCCAAUUGGGAAGUUCUCCGCUUCCUUCUAUCCAACUUGAGAUGGUGGCUAGAGGAGUUUAAAUUUGAUGGGUUUAGGUUUGAUGGAGUAACUUCAAUGCUGUAUCAUCACCAUGGUAUCGACAUGACAUUUACAGGGAAUUAUAACGAGUAUUUCAGUGAGGCAACAGAUGUUGAUGCUGUAGUUUAUUUGAUGCUGGCCAAUUGUCUGAUUCAUAAUAUCUUUCCAGAUGCAACUGUAAGUGCCGAAGAUGUUUCUGGCAUGCCUGGUCUUGGUAGGCCAGUUGCCGAAGGGGGAACUGGUUUUGAUUACCGCCUGGCAAUGGCCAUACCUGAUAAGUGGAUUGAUUACUUGAAGAACAAGAAAGAUGAAGAGUGGUCAAUGAAGGAAAUAUCAUCAAGCUUGACGAAUAGGAGAUAUGCUGAGAAAUGUAUAUCGUACGCCGAAAGUCAUGAUCAGGCCCUUGUGGGAGACAAAACUAUUGCAUUUCUCCUGAUGGAUAAAGAAAUGUAUAGUGGCAUGUCCUGUUUAACGGAUGCUUCUCCUACUAUUGACCGAGGGAUCUCACUUCACAAGAUGAUUCAUUUUAUAACAAUGGCAUUGGGAGGUGAGGGCUUUCUUAAUUUCAUGGGAAAUGAGUUCGGCCAUCCGGAGUGGAUUGACUUCCCAAGAGAAGGCAAUGAUUGGAGUUAUGAAAAAUGCCGACGCCAAUGGGAACUGGUGGAUACAGAUCACUUGAGAUACAAGUACAUGAAUGCAUUUGACACAGCUAUGAAUUUGCUGGAUGAAAAAUUUUCAUUCCUUGCAUCAACAAAACAGAUAGUGAGCAGCACAGAUGAAGAAGAUAAGGUUAUUGUCUUUGAGCGUGGAGAUCUUGUUUUUGUGUUCAACUUUCAUCCAGAUAAUACAUACGACGGGUACAAAGUUGGGUGCGACUUGCCAGGGAAAUAUAGAGUUGCACUGGAUAGUGAUGCUUGUGUAUUUGGUGGACAAGGAAGAGUGGGCAAUGAUGCAGACCAUUUCACAUCACCUGAAGGAAUACCAGGAGUCCCUGAAACAAAUUUCAACAACCGUCCCAAUUCCUUCAAAGUACUCUCACCAGCUCGCACAUGUGUGGUUUACUACAGAGUUGAAGAAAGUCUAGAAGAAAGCAAUGAUGAUCACAAUUCUACUGGUGCCAAUGCAACUUUAGUAGCCGAUGUGGUUGCUGAGCAGGAGAGUCUUGAGGAACCAGCUUCUGUUAAAGACCAUGAGUUCAACCCGAGAUCGAUUGAAGGUUCAGAAGUAGAAGAUGUGGUGGAAGAGGCUACAGAUGACUGAGAAUCUUUUUCGCUAUUUGGAUCGAAAUGGCAACCUGUUUCUCCCCGCAUGUCACCGUGAAAUGUAAAGCAAUAAAUCACGGGAUUUUCCUUUUCUGUUUGGGAUUUUCUGUUCAAUAAUGUAUGGCCUGUAUGCUGGCUGUGUAUAAAAAGAAUCAUAAGAUGCUUGUGUACCUGUUGUUUGAGUGCGGAAUAAAGUUCCACAUACCUUCUAUGGGCAA